CUCAAUGAAACAGUGGAGGAUAAUGUUUCUAAUGGUUUCGGUGGCCGAACACACCAGCUUUUCCACUCGCAUUCGCGGUGUAUUGUUUGGGGUCUGCAAGUGAAGGCUGUGCAAUCCAUGCUCGAUUUUGACUAUGCUUCACAUCGGGAGGCACCUAGCGUUGCCGCACUAGUCUAUCCGUUC